AGAGCAAAAAAAUAUCCAAACACAGCGCCGUUCUGAUUCCCGGAGACCGAAGACUGAGUUCAUGCACCGGUGGCAUUGAACGACGCCCAAUUGCGCACAACACUCGAAUCCCAGCGCACCCGGUUACCCAGUCACCCAUCAAUUCAGAGUCAUCAUACGACAACAUCACCGUUAAGAUGGCCAACGUCAACUAUCUUUUGUUCGAAAGCGCGGUCGGCUUCUCGCUCUUCGAGGUCGUCCACCAGGCCGACACUGUCGGCUUGGAGCUGCCCGAGGUCAAGGAUGCCAUGAAGGAUCUCGACAAGUUCGGCAAGAUGGUGAAGCUCCGCAGCUUCAACCCUUGGAACUCUGCCGCCCACGGUCUCGAGGCCAUCAACCUCAUCUCCGAGGGUAUUAUGCCCGACCACCUCAAGAACACCCUCGAACUCAACCUCCCCCAGACCAGCGGAAAGAAGAGCAAGAUCGUCCUCGGUGUCGUCGACAAGAGGCUCGCUGGUGAGAUCAGCGGAAACUUCCCCGGUAUCCAGUGCGAGGCUGCCGACACCUCCGAGGUCGUCGCUGCCCUCCUUCGCGGCAUCCGCACCCACGCCGGCAAGCUCCUCAAGGGCCUCCAGGACGGUGACAUUAACCGCGCCCAGCUCGGUCUCGGUCACGCCUACUCCCGUGCCAAGGUCAAGUUCUCCGUCCACAAGAACGACAACCACAUUAUCCAGGGUAUCGCUACCCUCGAUGCCCUCGACAAGGGUAUCAACUCCGGCGCCAUGCGCGUGAGGGAGUGGUACGGCUGGCACUUCCCCGAGCUCAUUCGCAUCGUCUCCGACAACGGCACCUACGCCAAGGUCGUUCUCGCUGUCGGCAACAAGAAGUCUCUCAGCGACGAGUCCCUCGACGAGCUCGCCAACGUCCUCAACCAGGACGAGGACAAGGCCAAGGCCAUCAUCCAGGCCGCCAAGGUCUCCAUGGGUCAGGACAUCAGCGAUAUGGAUCUCAACAUGGUCAAGGACCUCGCGGACAACGUCUCCAAGAUGGCCGACUACCGCCGCAUCCUCGCCGAGUCGCUCGACAAGAAGAUGGGCGAAGUCGCUCCUAACCUGCAGGUCAUCCUCGGCACCCCCGUUGCCGCCCGCCUCAUCUCGCACGCCGGCUCCCUCACCAACCUCGCCAAGUACCCCGCCUCUACCCUCCAGAUCCUCGGUGCCGAGAAGGCCCUCUUCCGCGCUCUCAAGACCAAGGGCGCCACCCCCAAGUACGGUCUCCUCUACCAGAGCACCUUCAUUGGCCGCGCCGGUCCCAAGGUCAAGGGUCGCAUCUCCCGCUACCUCGCCAACAAGUGCUCCAUUGCCUCCCGUAUCGACAACUUCUCCGAGAACCCCACUAAGCGCUUCGGUGAGGUUAUGCGUGAGCAGCUGGAGCAGCGUCUGGAGUGGUACGCCAAGGGCAUCAAGCCCAUGAAGAACACUGAGGCCAUGGACAAGGCCAUCAAGCUCGUCAUGGACGACGAGGGUGACAUGGACAUUGACACCGAGAUGGUCGACUCGCACACCGCCACCCACGCCGCCGACUCCAAGAAGGACAAGAAGGAGAAGAAGGACAAGAAGAAGGACAAGGAGGACAAGAAGGAGAAGAAGGACAAGAAGGACAAGAAGAGGAAAGCGACUAGCGAAGACGUCGAGAUGGUAGACGCCCCCGACGCUGCGGAACCCGAGAAGAAGAAGAAGAAGAAGAAGUCGAAGUCUGAGUAA